AGUGAUUUAUUCAGGAUAAAGCACCAGCCUCAAGUUCCGUCCCAGAUAGCACAGCUACGUCUGUAAAAUGUCUGCUGGAGAUCUGGAAAACAUCUGCUGUGUAUAAACAUCUGAUAAACGUCUUAGAUAAAUAAGUUUUACAUACAUUUAAAAUAAGACAUAUUCUACAUUUACAUUUAGUCAUUUAGCAGACGCUUUUAUCCAAAGCAUCUUACAGAUGAGGGAAACAAUAGAAGCAAUUGGGACAACAUAAGGACAACAACCAGCAUAAGUGCAAUAAAACUGGUCUCAUAUAGCCUAUCACAGUGUACAGAGCUAAGGUUUUUUUGUUUUUUGAAAGAGUAGAAAUGAGACAGAAGUCAGAACUGAUGGGUCAGGUGUUGACGGAAGAGAUGUGUUUUCAGACGGUUCUUAAAGAUGGCCACAGAAUCUGCUGAUCUUGCAAAUCAUUCCACAAAUGUGGAACCGAUCCCGAGAAGGUGUGUUUGGUGAUCCAGGUGAAGUUAAAGUGUCAGUGAUGGAGGGACAUUCUGUUACUCUACACACUGAUCUCACUGAACUACAGACAGCUCAUGAUGAGAUCGACUGGAGGUUUGGAGUGGAUGGUCCUCGCAUCGCUAGAAUGAUCAAUAGCAAUCCCAGAUGUGAUUAUCAUGAAACUUUCAGAGACAGACUGGAAAUAAACACUCAGACUGGAGAUCUCACCAUUAAGAACAUCAGAUCUGAUGACAGAGGAGUUUAUCAACUCAUUAUUGGUAUCGGAAAUAAAAAGAGAUUCAAAGUUACUGUUAAUGCUCCCAGUGCUGUCAACAUCAGUGAAUCUACACAAACAUCAACAUCAUCUUCGUCAUCAUCAUCAUCAAAGAGUUCAGGUGUGUCAGUUAACCACAUGCUCACAUUUACUACAAGCUACAAGCUACAAACUCCAAAUACAACAAACUAUAAUAAACCAGGAGGACUAUCAGAUUAUAUCAUUCCUCUCUCUUGUGCCGCUGCUGCUGGAUUUCUGAUGGUUGUAUCUGCACUUUUGAUUUUCUGUAUCUGCAGAAAACACAGGAAAACACAACAACAGGAUCACACCGGUGAAGAACAGAUCACAUACGCUGAUCCAACAUUCUACAGACACGACACAAAAGCGAAGAGAGUUAAAGAGGAGGACGAGGUGCUGUAUGCAGGUGUCGUCACAAGACAUUGACCAGUCUGUUUCCUCAAUAUUGUUGUUUUCAGUUUUGUUUUUAUUUGUGUACAAAACUGUAAUUGUACAGUUUACUGUAAAUUUACAGAUUUUCCACGUAAAGUAAAAAAUAAAGCAGAAUUUUACAGUUUUUAUGUUUUUUUUAAAUACAGUCCAAAAUUUAUAAGAAAAACGGGGAAAUGUAAUUUAACAGGGAAAAAACUUUAUUUUACAGUUUAUUUUUGGCGCCCCAGCUGCCAGAAAAUGUAAUUUUUUAACAAGAUUUCUUUUUUUACAGU